AUGAAUGUCUUUUUAAGCUUGUCAUAUUUGGAUCCAGUGAAUACAUCUAUUACAGAUAAUGCCACACUUGUCCAGUGUCCCAUCAAGCUACCACUAGCAUCAUGGGACUCGUCCUCGUUUGAAGCAGCAGCUAAAGUCUCAACUCUCGUGGCCGUUACUGUCAACUUCAUCACGAUGCCAUUCACCAUAUUUUUCAACGCUCUGAUUAUUUUCCUUGUUUGGAAGAAUCCGUCUCUUCAAAUUGAGCGUGUCAUAGUUCUGGCCUAUUUAGCCUUAGCUGACUUGAUGGUAGGACUACUUUGUCAACCUUUGUUCAUAGCGAGAGGAGUAUCCCAGCUAAAAACAAACAGCAUGAACUGUGAUAUAAACAAUGGUUAUAUUUCCUCUCAAUUUUUUUUUGGGAUCACUGCUUCCAUUCAACUUGCGCUUGUAACAUACGAGAGAUAUGUAGCCAUUAUCCAUCCAUACCAAUACCCAACACGAAUCACAGUCAAGAGACUCACUUAUGCAACCAUAGUAAUCUGGUCUUUAAACAUGACUGUAUCAAUACUGCUUUUUGCCCUUCUGGCUUUUGGUGAAGACAUUUGGUAUAUCGAUAUUUUGUAUAUUCCCUUGGGCAUAUUCUUAACCAGUGCAAUGGUUUACUGGUAUGUUUGCAUUUUUGUUGCCAUAAGAAGGCAAAGAAAAAUAGGUCAGCAGCAGCAAAAUGUCAACAUGAAUAAUGUACACACCCAACAAAACUACAAAGGAGCCAUAACAGCUGCUCUCCUUCUAGGCUGCUUUUUAGUUUCUCUUAUUCCAUUGUUAUGUACGUUUUUGUUGAAACGAGUGCUAGGUUCUGGUUUCUCAAAUUCUGUAUUUCUUUUCUUGCGUCCUUGGGGUUUGACAUUUGUGCAGUUAGCUUCCUUUAUUAACCCAAUAAUUUAUGGUCUACGAGUAAGAGAAUUAAGAAGAAAAUGUUUCCAACUAGUCUUUAGGAUUCAACAUUGA